CUGAGUGCCGCUCAAAACUUGGCCGGGGUGUGCAGGCGAAACCCUGGCCCGAAACUGAAAGUUGGUAUGCAGUAGCGCAAAGCGAAAUGAAAAACCGAAGACAAUCAGCCAAACAGGCACUAGGCACUUUAUUUCGACUGCGACUGUAAAGCAAAAAUUACCAAGGACUCCUGCUUAGCUACCUGUGCAGUUCAUGAUGCAGGGACAGCCCUGUGGACAAGGAUAACAGGCCAUUAAAAUGGUCAAGGUAUUCCUUGCCAGAUCAUGCCUAUAAAGAGCAUUGCCGCGCAAGUACCUUGAACAGUUGACCGUGCAAGUGAAGUGAAGCAAGUGCCUCGAGAUGAGCUAUAGAAAUCAAUUCAACAUGUCGCUGCGCCUGAUGCUGCUCCUCAUGAUGUUCUUUGAAGCGCGCACACUGCCGGCGCUGGACACUGCGCCCACUGCAACAGCCGCCAAUACCAUAGAUGAGUCUGAUAAGCAGACGGAUGCGAACAUAGAAACGAAUGCAUUAAAUGAUGCCGGUUUGGUCAAUGCCAAUGGCACGAGCUUAGCGGCUACGAGCACCACUGAGGCACAGGAUCCAACAGUGUCGGGUGACAAUGUGGCCAGCGCCAGCAGCAAUGAGCCGGUGUCCAUCUACGCCAGCGGACUCAUCACGCCCGAGGCCUUUCAGCAGUAUCUGAGCCAGUAUGGUGGUGCAGCGGGCUUGGCACCGCUCGCGGCUUACCCAUCGCCGAUGACAGGCGCGCCUGGUAUCUACCCCUAUCCGGGACCCAUUAUGGUGCAGACCGGAUACGAGGGCUUCUUGGUGCCCACAAAUCAGGUUGGCUCCGAUAGUGCUUCAGAUGUGACCACAACGGUUCCAGCCGGGCCUCCCCCCGUCUUGAACCCGUUGAUGGCCUUUGCCUCCAGAUUAUUGCCCACCAUACUGAUGUCUACGCUGUUUCGCAUUGCGGCCGUCGUGAUCUCCGCCAUAGGUGUGAUUCUCUUUGGAGGUGCCAUUACCAACGCCCUCUGCCGGCUAACGCCCAUCUGUGAGAUUCCCAACAAGGCUGUGAACUAUCUACGCUCUGGUGGAGCACAGGAUGUGGGUCGCAUGCUGGUCGAGGAAAUUACACCCGAACGCGUGCGACGAACCACGGAAUUUGUGCGCAACGCCAUCCACAAGUAUCGCCAGCUGCAAAAGCUAGUCGAACCGGACUCGGAGUAGAAGUAGAAGCUUUAUUGUCGCUAACUGAAGAACGUGAUGAAAUUUGAUA